AUGAUUGAAGGCGAAAAAUCAAGUUCGAGUUCUGAAAGUGAGAUUUCCUAUCAAAAGAAAUACGAAAACCCAUUUAACAAUGAGUUUAAUGAAGACGAAAGCUCUUUAUAUUCUUAUCCAAGCCCUGAAUGUCAUGAAAUUCUAUCUAACGAAGAUUCAGAUAGUUUACUUGAUAUAGGAAACAUAUCAACAGAAAAUCCCAAAGUAAAUGACAUUAAAAAGCAAACGAAAAAGUUAAAGGCGUAUGUAAAGUCUAAAAUAAAUGACAUUAAAAUCGAGCCUUCAGGAUUUCCAAACACCACCCAAAACAAUAAUAGAAUUCAAUUGGGUUCUCUCCAUGAGUAUAACGAUCACUCAGUCUCAGCUGCAGAAUCUCAAAUAAUGGAUCAGCUGAGAAACCUUCAGAGAGAUGUCCAAACUAUGAAUCAUAGGCUUAGUACAAGAGAAGAAAUCUUAAAAGGUAAAGAAAGAGAAAAUAAAGAACUAAAAGAAGCAAUUAAGCGGCUAGAGCAAAAUAUUAAUCAGCUAGCCGCAACCACUGCAACUGAUUUUUCUGAUCAUGAAGAUGAAAAAAUUGUGUGCUCGUGUACCAACAAAUGCCUAAUUAUUUAA